AUUAGAACUUAUUGAUAAAGAAAUCAUUCUAUUUUUGCUCUAGAAGAGAUUUAAUCCCUUCUAAUUGCAGGUGUACAAUAUGUUUGGGGGAGUACCAAGAAAAAGAAGUACUGAGAAUCAUGCCCAAAUGCGGCCACAGUUUUCAUCUCUCUUGCAUUGAUGUAUGGUUAAGGAAACAGUCUACUUGUCCAGUUUGCCGUCUUCCAGUACAGGAUUCCUUUCAAACAAGACAUAUCCGGAGAGCAACGCUUAAUAUGGCCGAUUCUGUUGAUAGUCCCGAGAUUUCAAUUGAGUAUUCUCAGCAAUGGCUGCUACCAACUGCUGCACGCUCAGAAGGUAGUCAAAGUAACGAAAGGCCUGCUGAAUCUGUUUCGAUAAACCUGGAACCGACUCCUUCAGGCGAAGCACAAAUAAGAUCAUGAUUCAGAACUGGUUGCAGUCCAUUAUUCUUUCUCGGAAUUUGUCAAACCGGUCUGCUUUCAAUGGCUCUGGAUAAGAAAUGGGGGCUGGGUUUCCAGGCAUUGAAAUUGCCAGAUGAAGCAGGUGCUGCACACACCUUGUUUGCUGGGUAAUGAAUCUUAUUUGAUGAUUUGAAUCAUUACUGAUAGUUUUGAGUGUUGUGGAGAUUGAGGUUAUAUUGUGCUCUCUUCAUUUAAGCAUACACCAUUUAGUUUUGUACAUUAUAUAGUAAUUUAUGAAUGUUCCAACUAUAUAUUGUGAUUCUUCUGCAAAUUUUUACUUGAUUGCCUG